UGUCACCGAUGGACAUCGUGAAAUGUGUUGCUUGUGGCAUAAAAAGUUACUAUGACUUUCAAUACUGCAGAUAAAUAAACAAAUCUUGCAGAAGCGGAAUAGUGAGGCAGUGUUCACUGGCUGGUCAGAAAUCCGAUGGCGGAUUGUCCUCAAACACAGAGUGUUGGUCUUCAGGCUCCUGUACCUCCUUCCCAAUGGGUAGUAACGGAAAGAGGGCCAGUCCCAUGUGAUCGGCAUCCUCAGCCACCUUCUUGAAGCACUACCUCAAAGUCGAAAGCAACUUUAUUAUCAAAGUACGGCGAGGUCACCAGGGACAUAUUCUUGCCUGCAUACUCAACAAAUCUAUAGACUAGCUGGAGGGGUAGGUAGUGCUGAGGAGGCAAUGCGAUUGCAGCAGGGAUUAGACAAAUUGGAAGAAUGGGCAAAAAGUGGCAAAUGGAAUACAGUGUUGGGAAAUGGAAAAUGUGUUGGGAAAUGGGAUAAUGCGUUUUGGUAAAAGGAACUGUUAUCUAAAUGGGGAGAAGGUUGAAACAUCAGAGGCACAACGGGAUUUAGGAGUCCUCGUUCUAGACUCUCAGAAGGUUAACUUACAGGUUGAAUCUGUGGUAAAGAAGGCAAAUGUGAUGUUGGCAUUUAUUUCAAGGGGAGUAGAAUAUAAAAAGCAAAGAGAUAAUGCUGAGCCUUUAUAAGACACUAGUCGGGCCGCACUUGGGAGUAUUGUCUACAGUUUUGGGACCCACAUCUCAGAAAGCAUGUGUUGUCACUGGAGAGAGUGCAAAGGAGGUUCACGAGGAUGGUUCUGGGAAUGAAGGGGUUAACAUAGGAGAAGUGUUUGGUAGCUUUGGUCCUGUACUCAUUGGAAUGGGACCUCAUUGAAACCUACUGAAUGUUGAAAGGCCUAGAUAUGGUGGAUGUGAGAAGAAUGUUUCCUAUGGUGGGGAUAUCCAGAACCAGAGGGAACAGCCUCAAAAUCGAGGGGGUGACCCUUGAGAACGGAGGUAAGGAGGAAGACGGUUGUGAAUCUGCCACAGACUGCGGCGGAGGCCAAGCCCGUGGGUACAUUUAAGGCGGAAGUUGAUCAGUCGGGGCAACAAAGGAUACGGCGAGAUGGCAGGUGUACGGGGUUGAGUGGGAUCCGGGAUCAGCCAUGCUGGAAUGGUGGAGCAGACUUGAUGGGCCGAACGGCCUCGUUCUGCUCCUAUGUCUUAUGGUCUUAUCACAACCACAACAGAAGCAAUUGAAGACUCAGCAAUUAGUGUAGAAGACAACGAACUGUGCAAAUACAAAAAGAAAAAAUAAUAAUGAUAAAUAAAUGACAAUGAAUAUCAAGAUUCUGAGAUGAAGAGUCCUUGACAGUGACUCCAUAGGUUGUGGGAACAUUCCAAUGCUGGGGCGGCCCUCGAAGGUGGGGAGGGGGAGAGGGAGGGCAGUUCCCGACUCGACACCCCUCGGCAUCCCACCCCGCCACUGCGGUGAUGCAAUCCGGACGUACGGCCGGGAAUGUCUGAAUACCCGGCAGAUCUCCUCGAACCGCCGCCGGAGGGCAGACGCCGGCCAGCCCCCUCGGCGAUGCCGCACUGGGCUCCGGACGGACCCUGGGCGCUGCUGGGGCCCAGGAACUGGCGGCAGCCGGGCAUCGCACGGUGGUCCCUGCUGGUCUCGGUGUUGGCCCUGGUGACCAGUAGCCAUGGCAGCUCCAUGUUUGGGGAGAUUACCUCGCCUGGCUACCCAUCCUCCUAUCCCAACAAGAACCAGAGCGAAUGGACGAUCGGCGUGCCCCUCGGCUAUCGGGUCCAGCUGCACUUCCGCCACUUCCAGCUGGAGCCGUCCCAGGACUGUGUGUACGAUCGGCUCAAGGUCAGCUCCGGGGGGAAAGCUCUCGGCGUCUUCUGUGGCAAUGACGACUCCAACGUCGGCAACCCACCCAGGGGUCAGAUCCUGACAUCCACUGGGAACACCAUGAAGCUGGAAUUCCAGUCAGACUUUUCCAAUGAGGGGAAAUUCCUUGGAUUCCUGCUUUACUAUGAAGCGAUUGAUGUGGACGAGUGCUCUGUUCAAGAGGGGUCGGUCCCCAUGUGUGAACAUCUGUGUCACAACACACUCGGCAGCUACCAAUGUGCAUGCCGCCGCGGAUACCAGCUUCGGGACGACGGCAGGAGCUGCCAAGUGCAGUGCCAGGAAUUCUUCAACGAGCUGUCAGGAGAGCUGAUGAGCCCAGAGUAUCCAUCACCCUAUCCAUCCAACCUCCAGUGCAAUUACAGUAUCCGCGUGGAGGAGGGAUUCUCCAUUGCCCUUGAGUUCAAGGGUGUUUUCGAGAUUGAAGAUCACCCAGAGGUGAAGUGCCCCUACGACAACAUGAUG